AUGAACACUUUUGCAAACCGAUUCUCCUCGACCGGUGCAGUCGCAGAGUUGCGGAGGGCUAAGGAGAUCCUUGGGGAAGAUGAAGACGUCUCAGAGAGCAUGUGGGGCUCUGCAGCAGGUUUUGGUAAUGUCGCUAAUGGCGUACCGACAUUCUCUAUCCCCGCCGUACCAGACCCCUCUGCUUUCCUUAGAUCGCACACAGAUGACCAUGCGGAUCCCUCUUGCAGAAUCAAAAUCAAGCACGGAACAACGACUUUAGCCUUCAGGUUCAAGGGGGGAGUGAUCGUCGCUGUGGAUUCUAGGGCCACUGCAGGAAGUUAUGUCGCAUCUGGAACCGUCAAGAAGGUCAUUGAGAUCAACCCGUAUUUACUUGGUACGAUGGCUGGUGGUGCUGCUGACUGCCAGUACUGGGAGACGUACCUCGGCAUACAGUGCCGGCUGCAUGAGCUCCGCAACCGCGAACGCAUCUCCGUAGCGGCUGCCAGCAAGUACCUCAGUAAUUUGGUAUACAGUUACAAAGGCAUGGGCCUCAGCAUGGGUACCAUGAUCUGUGGCUGGGAUAAGACCGGACCAGCGAUCUUCUAUGUCGACUCUGAUGGCACACGCCUCAAGGGUGACAUAUUCUCUGUUGGUUCUGGAAGCACAUUUGCGUAUGGUGUUCUGGAUCAAGGGUACCAUUGGGAUCUGACGGAUGAGGAAGCACAAGAGCUUGGAAGGAGAAGUAUCUAUGCCGCCGGUCAUCGUGAUGCCUUCUCCGGAAACACUAUCAACCUCUACCAUGUCAAGGAAGAUGGGUGGAGGUUCAUUGGCAACUACGACGUUUCAGAGAUGCACUACAACGGGCCCGGAGGCGUUGGUGGCUAUGGAUAUGAUGUUCGUAUGGAAGGGCGUAGUUCAGCGAACCCGCCUCCAGAGCCUGUCGCUGAAGGUUAG